UUCAAAAUAAAAAAAAUUUGACCAUCAGCUGUGUCUUUGUGGUAUUAUUCAAUUUUCUGCAAUAUUUUUGUUUUAUUUAUAUUUUUAUUCCGCGACAUAAUUUCACCACAAAACCAUGUUACGACAGUGCGUUCCCAAAUCUCCAGUCAAAUCUCUUGUUUAUCGUUGCCAACACACUGGUGCUGAGAAAAUCGAAGAAAUCCGUGAACGUUUGGCCAAAGGACCAAAAUUUCAAGAUUUCGUUCAAAAUCCAAAUUACACAAAAGAAGAAUGGAAUGAAUAUGAGGGAAAACUACGUCGUGAAAAAGGAGAAAAUGAAAGACUUCGAUUGCCUCCAUGGUUAAAGACAACCAUUCCAACUGGCAAGAGUUUUAAUAAAAUCAAGGAACAAUUAAGAGAUCUUAAAUUGGCAACUGUUUGCGAAGAAGCUCGAUGUCCUAAUAUAGGCGAGUGCUGGGGUGGUGGUGAACAUGGAACUCAAACUGCCACUAUCAUGUUGAUGGGGGACACUUGUACACGCGGUUGUCGCUUUUGUUCGGUUAAAACUGCGAGGAACCCUCCUCCAUUAGAUCCUAAUGAGCCCGUGAAUACGGCUACAGCUAUUGCUUCAUGGGGAUUGGACUAUAUUGUCCUAACUUCAGUCGAUAGAGAUGAUCUCCCAGAUGGCGGAGCUGCCCAUAUCGCAGAAACAGUCAAAGAAAUCAAAGAGAGGAAUCCCAAUAUCUUUGUGGAGUGUCUAGUCCCCGACUUCCGUGGAAAUCUCGAUUCAGUAAAGACCAUCGCUCGUUCAGGACUCGAUGUCUACGCACACAACAUCGAAACAGUCGAGAAACUCACUCCCUUCGUCCGUGAUCGUCGUGCUGAAUACCGACAAACCUUGGCCGUUCUCAAGGAAGCCAAGCAAUUCAACCCAAAACUCGUCACAAAGAGUUCCAUAAUGCUGGGUCUCGGUGAAACCGAUGAGCAAAUCGAACAAACUCUCAAUGACCUUCGUGAGGUUGGUGUCGAGUGUGUGACACUCGGUCAAUACAUGCAACCCACAAAGAAACACUUGAAAGUCAUCGAAUACGUGACUCCAGAGAAGUUCAAACAUUGGGAAGAACGAGGCCAACAAUUGGGAUUCCUCUAUACAGCCAGUGGGCCAUUGGUUCGGAGUUCAUACAAAGCUGGAGAGUUCUUCAUAACGAGCAUUUUGAAAACUAGGCAAGAAACACCCGCCGAUAAGUUGUAAUCGCCCACAAACAAAAUAAAGCUUAGCUAACCUAGUUACAAUUGUUGUUGACAUAAUAAAUAACAAAAAUCUCGAUUAAAA